GAGCCACGUCAAGUGUACGAUACGUGUGCUUUACUCUACUCUGAAGCUGCUAGCCUUGUUCCAUUUAGUUCUGUGCUCAAUUCGAUCAGAAGAUGGAGAUCUUUGGAGUUUCCUGCGCAUGACCGAAGAGCGAAUAACGCUGCAGCUAGGCCAUUCUUUUUGAAUCGUGGUAAUUAUCGUCGCCAAAUGCAUCGCAGAGGGCUAGUCCAAGGACAACGACUAGCACCUCCAAAUGUCGUUGCACCAGAGCCUCCGCGAGUAGCUGCUGUUGAUGAUGCAAAUGUAUUGCCGAUGCCGAGACCACCGUCACCACAGGAAAAUGUCGUUGCUCCAGAGCCUCCACGAGUAGAUGCUGUUGAACCUGCAAAUAUAUUGCUGAUGCCGAGACCACCGCCACCACCAGAAAAUGUCGUUGCUCCAGAGCCUCCACGAGUAGCAGCUGCUGAUCCUGAAAAUGUACUGCCAAUGCCGCUUCCACCACCACCGCCAAUAGGACCUCACCAGAGUAGUGACCCAUGCGUUGUUUGUAUGACCGAAAACAGAACACACUGCUUCUUGCCUUGUGGUCAUUACAUUUGCUGCCUAUACUGCACGGAAAGAGUUCUUGCAUCUGAUACAAGAUGCCCAGCUUGUCGAGGAGAAAGCACAGGUUUCCUCCGAAUUUUUCAAUGAUUUAGAUGAAAAAUUUUAAUGUUUCUAUUUUCU